AACUUCACACUGUGUGUGUGUGUGUGUCUGUGUCUGUGUGUGUGUGUGUGUGUGUGUGUGUGUGUGUUCUUGAAACAUCCUAGAUCAGAUCAGACACAUGAUAGACACAUUCAAGUCUUAUCCAGGUCUCAACUUCGAAGAGGACUGGAAGGUGGUGACGAUGCUGAUCGGCAUGAACGACAUCUGCAAUUACUGCAAAGACAAAACUCUGUUCUCCCCUGAUAGCUUCAUUCACUACAUGACAGAAGCUCUGGACAUGAUGAUGAAGGAGAUCCCCAGGACGAUCGUGAACGUGGUGCAGAUUCUUCCCAUGAAACCUCUGAGAGAAGUUCAGAGACCGACUCUGGGCUGUCAGCUUCAAAAGAGUUUCUGCUCGUGCCUCGUCCAGCCUGAAGAAAACUCCACCGAGCUGAAGGAGCUGGUUGAGAUUAACACUCAGUUCCAGAGGAGACUAGAGAAGCUUCUGCACAGCGAGCGUUUCUUCAAAAAGGACUUUGCUGUUGUUCUGCAACCUUAUUUAGAGAACACAGGAGCUCCAAGACUUCCUGACGGGACGGUUGACUUGAGCUUCUUCACAGCAGAUUGUUUCCACUUCACUGUUAAGGGACAUGAGGAGCUGGCAAAGGGACUGUGGAACAACAUGUUCCAGCCUGUCGGAGGGAAAGAGACGAUAAAGACAUUUUCAGAGCCAAUAAAACUCAUCUGCCCAGCAAAGGAGCAUCCUUACAUCUACACCAGUUGUUGAGUUGAGUCGUCUGCACCGCCGCUGAAACAUUUCUCCAUGACGCUGAUGUCUCUGCUCUUUGUGUUUAAUUAUCUGUAGUUUAACAGGCAGAGCAAGGCACUAACACUGCCUGGGUAGACUGGAACCACCGCUCCUAAAAACACAUACACUCGGGAAACUCAUUUUAACUAACAAUGUAAUAUCACAAUGAAACUCCCCCAGUUGAUUACUUACAUUAAGGCAAUUCUUUUUUUGUAUUACAAG